AUGUCGAGAAUGGGUGAAUGGUUGAGUCGUAGUAACGACCCCGGAAGAGCCAAUCUUGCAGUUGGAGGCCCAUUUACGGGGGCUUUUGAGGCAAAUAACUCUAAAGUGGAAGUUAGUGAGCCAACCAAGAUGAGAGGAGAUAAACCUCUUAAGGUUGAAAAGGCAAGGGCGGCUCCACCAAAAGUCAAGCCUCCAGUCGCCAAAGCCCUGGUCGUGACCGAAGUGGUCCAAGAAGACCAAAACAUGGUCCAAGAAGCUGGGGAUGAGCCUCAUAAGAUAUUAAGCGAGCCUAGGGUGGAAGAAGACUAA